UAAAUGGCUUUUAAUCAGUAAGCAUGAAUCAUACACUAAAAGCUUUUUGCAUCGUCCAAGUAAUUUCUUUGGCAACGGUAUCGUACUCAUUCACUUAUUUAAAUCCAGUGCCGAAUACCAGAGAGGCACCACAAUUUUUAAUGCUGCAUUCAUUAGAUUUCUUACUUAUUUUGCUACUGCUAGGUAUUUUUGAUCCGACUGAACUUAUCAAUGGAAUUCGCCAGCUUUACAAGACUCGCGAGGGAUGGCUCUCACCAUUUCCAUGGUGUGAAGAGUUUCAGUUUUUUCUUGGAAAUAUUUUUACAAGGCUCAAAGUGGUCAGAAGAAAGAAAACGAGAGGAGAAAUCAGUAACGUAUUUGUUGACAUGUCGUCAAUACUAGACCCGUAUGAAGAGUGUUCAGCGCCGAGAACAGUGUUGAUUGAAGGAGAACCUGGUAUGGGAAAAACCACCUAUUGUAAAAAGUACGCCUACGACUGGGCCACAAAACAGCAAGAACCUCAGGGCUGCGGCUCAACAGCAUUUAAAGUGGUAUUGUUACUGAAAUGUCGAGAUAUCCAUUCUGACGUUUGGGAAGCUAUUGAUGAUCAGCUUCUGCCCCGAGACAUCGAUGAAGAAGUCAAACAACAAUUCUUUCGUUUUAUUCGUGAAAAUCAGUCCAGCAUUUUAUUGAUAUUGGAUGGAUUGGAUGAGUUACCGUCCAGUAAAUUGUCGAUGUUUUCCGAAUUAAUUGAAGGAAGAGUGCUCCCCAAAUGCCACAUAGUUGCAACAGCAAGACACGAAGCUGGAAAAGAGGUGAGAAAAUGUUGUGACGCGCUGCUUCAGAUCGAAGGAUUUACUGAAGAGCAUGUGAAAGGAUUUGUCACCAAGUACUUUAAAGAAAGGACGGAUUUAGCCACCAAGCUCUUGCAACGGAUGUCGCGAGAUAAAAACCUGAGAGAAAUAGCGGCCAAUCCUCUAAACACAGCACUUCUUUGCCUUUUAUGCGAAGAGUUUGAGGGCACACUCCCCGAAAGCAGAGCUCAACUGUACUUGGAUAUGGUUGAAUGUGUUUUGAGAAGAUAUAGAAAAAGGAAGGGACUACUAGAAAAGAUCGAAGACUUGACAAACCAUUACAAACCGCAAUUGAAUCACCUUGGAAAGGUAGCGUUGAAUGGUUUACUUGACGAUAAGUUGGAUUUUAAUGAAAGUGAAUUGAGAAACCAUGCAAAAGACCUGACUGAAUUUGGAUUUCUGUCAGUGCAGCCUGGUGGCAGCAAACUGAGACAAACACUGCACUAUGCCUUCUUACAUAAAAGUUUUCAAGAAUUCUUUGCAGCAUUCUUCAUUUGUUCUCAGAUUCAAAGCAAGGAGAUGAAACCUGAAGAACUAGUUUCCGAUCCAAGGUAUUUCGUUGAACUUAAACAAAUACUUUUGUUUUCAUGUGGAAUUUUGGCCAUGAAAUGCGAUGAACAGGUUGUGGCUCUUGUAAAGAGUUUAACAAAUGAAGUCAACAAAAAUGAAGGCCGUGGUGCAAAAAUUGUAUUGGAGGCCAUCAACGAAUGCAAAAGAGAAAAAAGUGAUUUUCACUCGCAUUUAUCGAAGUCGUUUGGAACUGGUUUGAAUCUGACCAAUUUGGAUUUGUUUGACAAUGGUAUUAGUGAUGCGGGUGCUACAUGUAUUGCUGAGGCAAUCAAAGUGAACAAGACGCUAACCAAUUUGGAUUUGUCUGUGAAUGGUAUUAGUGCUGCGGGUGCUACAUGUAUUGCUGAGGCAAUCAAAGUGAACAAGACGCUAACCAAUUUGGAUUUGUCUGGGAAUCGUAUUAGUGAUGCGGGUGCUACAUGUAUUGCUGAGGCAAUCAAAGUGAACAAGACGCUAACCAAUUUGGAUUUGUCUGACAAUGGUAUUAGUGCUGCGGGUGCUACAUGUAUUGCUGAGGCAAUCAAAGUGAACAAGACGCUAACCAAUUUGGAUUUGUCUGGGAAUGAUAUUAGUGCUGCGGGUGCUACAUGUAUUGCUGAGGCAAUCAAAGUGAACAAGACGCUAACCAAUUUGGAUUUGUCUGACAAUGGUAUUAGUGAUGCGGGUGCUACAUGUAUUGCUGAGGCAAUCAAAGUGAACAAGACGCUAACCAAUUUGGAUUUGUCUCUCAAUGGUAUUAGUGCUGCGGGUGCUACAUGUAUUGCUGAGGCAAUCAAAGUGAACAAGACGCUAACCAAUUUGGAUUUGUCUGAGAAUGUUAUUAGUGAUGCGGGUGCUACAUGUAUUGCUGAGGCAAUCAAAGUGAACAAGACGCUAACCAAUUUGGAUUUGUCUUACAAUGGUAUUAGUGCUGCGGGUGCUACAUGUAUUGCUGAGGCAAUCAAAGUGAACAAGACGCUAACCAAUUUGAAUUUGUCUGACAAUGGUAUUAGUGAUGCGGGUGCUACAUGUAUUGCUGAGGCAAUCAAAGUGAACAAGACGCUAACCAAUUUGGAUUUGUCUCUCAAUGGUAUUAGUGCUGCGGGUGCUACAUGUAUUGCUGAGGCAAUCAAAGUGAACAAGACGCUAACCAAUUUGGAUUUGUCUGGGAAUGGUAUUAGUGCUGCGGGUGCUACAUGUAUUGCUGAGGCAAUCAAAGUGAACAAGACGCUAACCAAUUUGUAUUUGCGAUAAAACAACUUUGAAGUAAAAGGGCACUGCCUUUAAAGUAGGCAGGUUCCCUUGAAAAUUGAGGGCCGAAGGCCCGAACCUCUAGGGGGUCCGGGGGCAUGCUCCCCCGGGAAAUUUUUUAAAAGAUAAGUCUCCCAGAAACGCAUUUUCCUGCAAUCUGGAAAAGAAAUCUUGUUGCAAUGAU